AUGGUCGAUAUCGCCGAGUUCGAACGCGCCGUUCUCGUCGCAUUUCAGUACGCUAUAGCAAGUGUUAAUGAUCAGCAAGCACAGACGAUCAAGUCACAGGCUGAAAGCUUCUGUACUGCUGUCAAGAACCAAGCGGAUGGCUGGCGGGCUGAGCUGCAGCUUUUCGAGCACUCGGAGCACGAGCAGGUCAAGUUCUACGCGCUUCAGGCGUUGCUUGAAGCACUAAACAAUGGGUUUGAUGAUGCUGUGGCUGUAGCUGUGCGGACGGAGCUGUUGGUCUGGCUGCAAAGUCACGUGGCUUACGUGGAGAGCAAGGCGCCCUAUCUCAAGACCAAGCUAGCAGUUGUGAUCACUCGACUGAUCCAAAGAGAUUACCCAGAUCGGUGGCCGACAGCAUUUGUAGAUCUUCUUGAACUACUCCCGCAAGGCGCGUCAAUUGUGGAGAUGUACUUUCGUAUUUUGUUGGCAAUCAAUGAGGAGAUCGUCGAGUUUGACGCACAGAGGACACAGCAGGAAGCUGCACACAAUAUGAAAAUCAAGGAUGCCAUGCGCGAAGGAUCUUGCAUGCGAGAAAAUUUUGACGCCAUUGCACGUGUGUUGGUGAAUGCUGACGCCAGUGAUGUCAUGCGUCAGUUAGGUGCUAGUGCUCUCGAGACGCUCAAACGAUACAUCAGCUGGGUAGAUAUCGGACUUGUCGUAAAUGACACGAUCUGGCCGUUAUUGGUCAAGCUGUUGCGUGAGAGUGAGACGCUUCGCUGCCAAGCCGCCAACUGUGUAUUUGAGGUCAUUGACAAGGGUAUGACGCCGGAGAAGAAACUGGCUAUGCUGCAGCAACUACAGAUCCUUGAGACGCUGGCGGCACUACCCAUUCGCGAGGAUGAUGAGUUUGCCGAAGAAAUUGGAGAAGUGAUUAAUGCUGUUGGCUUAGAGCUUGUGACUUGUAUGGAUACCUUCCGCCACACAAACAGGGCCGAUUUGCUACAGGCCAGCGCUGCUCUGCUUUGUCAACUCAUGCCACUCGUAUGGGAACUUUUUGCGCAUGAGUCAAAGGAUGUGUCGGAAGAAGUAUUUGAGAUUGUGAAUGCGAUAGGAGGUCCGUUGCUUCGAACAGAGACGCAGAUGGCAGACAAGUUUCAGAGCGAGGUGGAAGUAUUUCGACCCUCGGAGUACAUCCCGCAGAUUUUGCACGGCAUUUAUCGCCAAACUCGGUUUCCUGAAGAGUCUAACUCGGAUGCUGCAGAGUUUGAAGAAUACCGACGCAGUCUGUACACCAUUUUUCUCAAUAUUGUGCGCCAGCGGCCGCAUGACACGCUCGCCUUUCUCACGAACCUGGCUCAGAGUCUGCCAGUGCAAUUCACGGAGAUCGACCCGCGUGACUUGGAGGGCUUUUUGUCGCUUGUAUACCAAUUCAAGGAAGGACUUGCGCCACUGAAGGCCGUGGCUGUUCCAUUUUACGAGCCGACAAGCCCGCUAACGCUCAUGGUAAUGCAGAUUCACAGCAGUAUGCUUUCAGCGUCCAGUAGUGCCGCACCGCUGCACCCGUCCACAUUACUUACGUACUACGACCUUGCUGUGCGGUAUGGCACAGUGCUGCAGCAUGAAUCAGCGCUUGUUUCAGCAGUACUGGAGAUGAUGUUUGGCGUAAACGGACUUGCUCAUCCAGCAACUCGUGUACGUUCUCGCGUGUGUUACCUCUGCCUGCGCCUUGUGAAGAUUAUUGGUACCGCAGUCAAUCCUCAUGCAUCCAACAUCCUGAUGGCGCUGCAGUCGCGCCUCGCGCUUGAUGGCGAACGAGAAGAGCUUGCUCGUCAGCACAAUCCACUCCAUUUAGCUUCCGAUGACCAGUUGUACCUAUUUGAACUCGCGGGCCAAAUCAUCGCUUCACUAGUGUCCCCUGCAAGGGAGACGGGUAUGAAUGCAAAGCAGCUUCGAUACCGGUACACUAUUGCCGUUCUGGAUCCACUGCUACAGGGAUUGAAUACGACACUAAAUGAGCUGGCAAAGGGUACACUGGCUGAUGAAGAGUACGUUACUGAGACUUUUGCUUCUCAUCUUAAUGCUAUCGCUCAUGUGCUUAAGGCGUUUAAGGGCACAGAUUGCAUGGAGAAUCAACAGGAAACGUUCACACAGGUGCUCACAGGUUCAGCGUGCGUGCUGCGUGCGCUUCCCCGUGCUCCACGUGUGCGGUCCAAGGUGGUUUUCACGCUGCACCGCUUGACUACCGUGCUGGACCGUGAACAUUUCUUAGGCAACGUGCAGGAGACUCUACAGACGCUUAUGAUCGGCUGCGAACAACCUGAAGUUGUCGAGAUCGUGCAGCUUGUUGACCAACUUAUUAUCAAGUACAAACAAGCUCUCGGGGUAUUCCUGAACAAGACGACACUUCCAUUUGUGCAGCACCUGUGCGCGUUGAUGCCGGAACGUAGCGCUCUUGCCCACGAUGAGACCAAGGACGCGCCGCAGCUUGAACGGGAAGCCACACAGAAACAUUUAUACACAUUCUUGCUGCACCUGGUUACGCAUGGCUUAGACGCCGUGCUGAUCAGCGCACAGAACGUCGGGCAGCUGGAGAUCAUGCUCUGUCUCGUGCUAGAGGGUUGUGCAGAAGUUCAAGAUGCAAAUAUUAAUCGUGCGUGUUUUUCAAUUGGCAGUAUGCUGGUUGAGCGAUGGAUCGGCGGGGUCCCUUCUUCUCCGGCAAGUCAGGUAUCUGGUACAGCGACCGCAGCCACGUCGGCAGCAUCUGUGGCUUUGCGAACUGAGUUGCAGGCCGAGCUAUCCGUGGAGGGCACGAAUUGGUUUACGCAGAUUGCUGUGCAGGACUUUACUCGUGCUAUGUUUGCUGUAAUGAAGCUACGUCACUUUGAUAUGGACGAUAUGCAGACAAUGCUGGCUGUUAAGGAGAUUGUCAACAUGCAGGCAGUGCUUGUAGCGUCUCUGGGUGUCGAGUAUCUGAGCUAUUUGCGUGAUGUAUAUCUACCGUCACUAGGUUGUCCGACUGAAGUAGCAGCACGAUACACCGAACAGGUUGCCACAGGAGACCGUCAGAAGAUUCAAGUAGCAUACAAAACUCUGGUGAACCAAAUGAAGUAG